GCCUACGGGGGUGGAGAGAAUCGGUAAUUGCUCCUGCACCGAAAGCCAUUCACUCCCCGGAGAAGCAUGCCCCACGCCCAGGCCGGAGUGCAGGUCCUAGGCCAGGCCUUCGGAGGGGAGAGGCGGGCCUGCUCCUUCCUCCUCAUGCUGCCCCUGUGUGGACCGGCAAUGCCCCCUUGUCUGGAGGCAGCCCAGGGUGGCCUGCACGCUCUCCGUCACUCACAGCCUUCUGGAACUUCAUGAGGAUCGUGAUUUCGGAUGACAUCGACUCUGAGUCAUAAUGGCAUCAAGGAGAGACAGAAGGCAGCACACCGAACCCGUCACUUCCCAGCUGAGAACCAUGCCGAAGAAGCUGCCCUGUCUCGUCGCUGCUCAGCCUCCUCUUCACCCUCUGUCUCCCCGCCCCCCGGCCCAGCACAGCUUUCGGCUCCCUCCCUUCGUCCUGUCCUGCCUCUGCUCCCCAGGACUUCCUGUCUCUUCGCCCUGCACCUGCCUCAGUCACCAGUUCCCCAGACCACCCCAACCCCUCCUUACCUCAUGUGCAGACCCUCUCCCGCCUCUGACCAGUUUUUCCCCUUCCCACCUCCCUGCCUGGUCACCUCUACCUUGGCCUGUGCCCCUGCUCCUCCUACCACCUGCCUGACUUGCUCCCCUCUUCUCCCGCACCGCUCCCUUGACCCCUGCCCCUCCUCCCCACCCUGCUUCUUCCCCCACCUGCAUGGCCUCUGGGCCCAGGUAAGCCUCCCCGGUUCCCGCUAGGACAUCGGCCCGAACCGGCCCUCACCAACCCUGAUGAUUCCCACUCGCCACCAGGGGGCCUUGUGUCCCUCCCAGUGGGGCGCCCGGGCCAUCCCGGAACUCCUGGGAACGUGGUACGCAGCAUCCUGGUGACCUGGGGGACGUGGGGGACACUGGAUGAUGACCAGCAGGCAUUCAGCCUGGAGGAGCACCUCCCUCAGGUAACAGAAUUCCCAAGGGGGCGGUCCUUAGCCCCCCAUGUCUUGGUUGUCUUCCGCCUGUUUCGCCUGCAUCCCCUUUCCCGUUCACUACAUCAAACAUAAAUGGAGAUUGUAUUCUUUUUAUCUGAGACUCCACAGUGAGGGAGAAGUGCACGUGGGCUCUGAAGUCUAGCCCGUGUGCCUCUCAACACUGAAGUCACAGACACUGACGCCAUCCUGCACCAACAGUUUCUGGUUGCCACGACCUAGUGCAGAGAUCAGCUCAGAAGCACAAGACGGCUUUGUCCCGAGGAUGGCGUGCAUGGAAUGCUCCGGAGACACUCUUUUCCUGGCUGUUUUGGGGGCGGUGGGGGUGGCCACACCUAUGGCAUGCAGAGGUUCCUGGGCCAGGGAUUGAACCCAUGACACAGCAGUAACAACACCAGAUACUUAACCACUAGGCCACCAGGGAACUCCUUCCCCGCUUUUUCAUAGCAUCCAAAAAGUUUGGUUUGGCUCAUCUGGUUUGCUUCUAUAACUUGUUGAUCAGUUCACAAUAUGCUUUUAUCAUUGGCCUGCCCAA